GUAAUUUUGUAACCAGGUUACAAUAGGGACAAUAUUUUUGUCCCCUUUAGCAUAUGAAACAUGUGUCUUAUAGUGCUAGAAAGCUCGGGAUCGAAGUUCGUAUUAUUCGUAAACAAUGUGAAUAAGGGAAGACUAUGGAAGCAAUAUUUCAUGAAGAACAAGAGGGAUCACUAUGUGCUCAGCACUGUUUGAAUGCAUUGCUACAAGCACAGUACUUUAGUGCAGUGGAUUUGGCAGACAUUGCCCGCCAACUGGAUGAAUCCGAGCGUCUACAGAUGGCUGAAGCUGGAACCCAGAGUAUUGAGUAUCAGAGAUUUAUACAGCAAGCAUCCUCAAACUUUGAUGACAGUGGAUUUUUUUCAAUACAAGUCAUAGACAAAGCAUUACAAGUAUGGGGAUUAAAUUUAGUGCAAUAUAACUCUCAGGACCCCAUUGCACGGGAAGCGAGACAGAGCCCAGUGGCACAGAAUGCAUAUAUCUGCAAUUUCCGUGACCAUUGGUUUUGUAUCAGGAAGAUUGGCAAGCAGUGGUUUAAUCUCAAUUCUCUCCUGACUGGUCCUGAACUUAUCUCUGACACCUAUCUGUCUCUGUUCCUUACCCAGCUACAACAGGAAGGAUACUCUAUAUUUAUCGUAACUGGUCGAUUACCAGAGUGUGAAGCGGACGAUGUACUUAACCUGGCUCCAGCAGUGCAACUCAUCAAACCUCGCCUGAUUAAUGAGAACCAGUCUAUAAGUAAGUCUGACACUCAGACAGAUGAUCCCGAGUUACAGCGAGCUCUGAUGGAGAGUCGAUGUGAGGAGGAGAAGGAUGAUAAAAUGUUACAGAGGGCUCUACAAAUGAGCUUAGAAGGGUAUGUAAUAGAAGACAGCAAUGACCCAGGACCAAGUCAGCAGACAGUAGAGUCCAAGUCCACAGAACUCACCCCUCCUACACAGGAGGAACUGCGACUGAAGAGACAGGCUUUUCUGCAGCGGUUAGACCAGACAGCUAGAGGAACCUCUGACUCCGAGACCACAGAUCAGAGAGAGAACCAGCCAGAGGACAAAAUCCAACCACAGGAGAGUGAAAAAUCACCAGAGAAAAAACAGAAAGAGUGUGAAGGGGAAGUCACAGAGGCGGGGGAAGUCACAGAGUCGGGGGAGGUAACUGAGGAUGAGAUGCUGAAGCAAGCAAUAGCCAUGUCUAUGGAGGGUCAGGGAUAAGGAGCAUAUCCAUGGAGCUGAAGAAAUCCAAGUGAUGGUGGCACUGACCACCCAAGUUUAUCGGUCAGAAAAAAAACUUGACCACAGCUGACAGUGCUAUAGUGCCAUUUUUGCCUUCCAGUAGAUCUCCUUAUCUGGUACAUGUGUACUAAUUUUAGUUCCCUGUGAUGUCAUCUGAUGAUACUCGCUACAGAUAGCUGAUUUUAUCAUGUGGUCUGUAAUAGCUACAGAAGUCUUUGGUGCUUCCAGUGUGCUGUUUUGCUGCCUUUGUGGUGCUGUAACAACUGAAUACAAUGUAAUACAUUUAAAAUUUCACCCCUAUUUAUUGUUCUUGUACACUUUAGCAUUACUAGAUAUUUCAGUAUUUCACAUUACCUAACAGUGUGUCCAAAUCAAUCAUAGUGUUGUAAUUUUGCGUCAGUUGCACCAAUUUGUAAAACAGUUCAUGAACAAAUUGUAUAUCUAAAAACACAAAGGGGUGCGUCUAUUAAAGGUCAUUGUUUUAUAAACCAAAAUAACAAUGUGCUGUUUAAUGAAUGAAUUAUAAAUUUUUUUUUAGUGUUUCAUAAUUGAUGGCCCUCAAAAUAACAAAUCAUGUGAAUCAUUUUUACUGUUUUUUUUAUGUGCCAUAUACAUGCGUAUUUAAUACAUUGAAAUAUUCUGAAAUAAGUUUAUAUCAUCUAUUGGAAUGUAUCUUUGUAAUGUAGUCUGUAUUAGGACAUUUGGUUAUAUCUGAAAUGAAACCUGUUACGUGGCAUUCAUUAGCUCACCUGGGGUGAAAGCAUUUCUGAUCACAUUUUGUACAGCAAUUAUCUGUCAAUCAACUUUUAACAUUUUAACUUCUUCAGAACCACAGGGCCAAUUUCAACCAUACUUGUGAUAAAGUGUCUUUGGGUAAUUGUUCAUAUGAAGAGAGUCACUUCCUUUUCAAAGGGGGAUAAUUAAGAAAUAGUGAAAAAAUGGUGGAUCUUCCUCCUCAAGAACCACUAGAACAGAAAAGAUAAAACUUUUGUGAAACCUUCCUUAAUGGAUAGAUAUUCAAACUUAUUCAAAUCAUUGACCCAGGGGUUGGAUGGGGUCACAAUAGGGGAUUAAAUUUUACAUGAUAUAUAAGAAAUACAUGUAUCUUUUUAAAAUCUUCUCAAGAACAGCAGAGCCUUGAUUAGUCUUAUUAAUUAUAAAGCAUCCUGAAGUAGUGGAGAUUCAAGUGUGUUCUAAUCGUGGCCCUGGGGUAGGGUGGGGCCACAACAGAGGAACAGAGCGGGGUAGGGUGGGGCCACAACAGAGGAACAGAGCGGGGUAGGGUGGGGCCACAACAGAGGAACAGAGUUUUAUAUGGGAAUCUUUUACUCUAGAGGAACAGUGUCAUUAUUAGUCAUAUUGAUAUGCAAGCAUCCAGUUAUUCAUGUGAGUGUAUUGGAAAUUUGAAGAAAAAAUUCUUUUCAAGAGUAGCAAGGUCACACUAAAUCAUUUCAAUGUGCAAACAUUUUCAAGUUCUCAAAUUCAUUUUUUUUUUCAUUGACCUGGAAUUAAGUUGUGGUUAAAAUUGGGGUGAAUUUUUACAUAAAUUAUGAAUAUGGAGUGGGGAUUUUUAAAGAAAACCUUUUUCUCCAGAACGGCAAAGCCAUGUAAGUCAUAAUCCAUGUGUUGUGUGGAUUAAAGUUUGGUAAAAUCAUAAACCCAAGGGCUAGGUUAGGGUCAUGUUAUGGGGUCAAAAUUUGUAAUGGGGAUUAAAGAGGAUACAAAUGUUCUGAUGAAAAACAAUAGGGCCAAGUUGACAUACGUGAGGAUUGUGGCCCAUGGGCCUCUUAUUUUGUGAUACAAAGGUGUGCUUUCAACCACAUCUCUCAUUCAGCCUUAAUUCAAGAUGAAAUAAUGUUUUUGGUUGUGUUUACGUUCUAAUAAAUUUAAAUCUCUACACAA